CUUAAGCAUUUCUAGUGAAAACAAGAACGACAACUUCCUACUGCUUUCCAACAACUUCACUCUUUUGUCAGUUAAUUAUUUCUAACAUUUUCCCUUUUAAAAGAGGGAGAAUCGUGUUUCUAUUACCAAUUUGAAAUAAAUACCCUCGCUUUAUUAUUAAUUAAGUAACAACGAUCGAAAGCAAAGUAGGUGCAAGAAUCGGAAGCAACAACUUUCUAAUAAUUAUGGAGUUAACGUUAGAAAUAUGGUUGUGGAUAUCAAUUGUAAUUUUGGCUCAUGCUGGUGUAUACGUGUUCGUGAUGAAUAAGCGAGCAAAACGGCUGGUAGGCCGUCAUGUGGUUGUUACUGGUGGGUCGCGCGGCAUUGGACUUUGUCUGGCUGUGGAAUGUGCAAUGAAGGGAGCUAAUGUAACGGUAAUUGCACGUAAUGAAAAAUUACUUAGUGGUGCUGUAGCGCUCAUGGAUGUUAUACGCCAAGUGCCCGAUCAAAAAUUUCAGUACCGUUGCCUUGAUAUCAGUACUAACUAUGACGAAGUCGCAUGUGCGCUUAAUGAAGUAGAAAAGACUUUAGGAGAUAUCUAUAUGCUAGUUAAUUGUGCUGGUAUGGCGAUUUGCGGCGUCUAUGAAGAUGUGUCUGAGGCAGAUGCGCGCAAACUAAUGGAUAUCAAUUAUUGGGGAAGUUACAAUUGCACCCGCUACGUACUGCCCAAAAUGAAGGCAGCUAGAGAAGGUAUAAUUGUGUUUACCUCAUCAUUAGCGGCUCUCUUUGGGAUUUAUGGUUAUGGACCAUAUACGGCUUCAAAAUAUGCUGUACGUGGCAUGGCCGAAACGAUCGCCAUGGAAACACGUCACCUGGGGAUAUUAGUCACAUUGGCAUUGCCAGCGGAUACAGAUACGCCUGGUUUCGAAAACGAAGAGAAAACAAAGCCAAAGGAAACAAAAAUUAUAUCCGGUGGCGGGGGCUUAGCAGAACCACAGCAGGUUGCGAAACGUAUACUUCACGAUGCUUUGCGCGGUAACUUUAUAUCAAUAUUAGGGGUGGAAAGUUGGUUCCUUACACUCCUAGGAGGUGGCCUUUUCCGCUGGGGCGGUUUCUUUCAAAAUAUUCUGCAUGCAUUAUUGCUGGGCCCACUACGCAUAAUUGGCUGCUUUUUGCAUUUGCACUUUGAACGGAUCAUAAAGAAUUGUGCAAAGGAAAAGAAGGAGUGAUGUGGUGAAUAUAUCACCGAUACAUAACAUUUUUUUUAUUUAUUUCAUAAACGCAUUUAUUAAUUUUAUAUACUUAAAAUUACGCUUAAUUACCCACUUAAUUACUUGUAUUCAAUUAGGGUGCCUUUUUAAGAAAUUUUGAAGCAAACAUAAAUUCGCAAAAAUUUUAUGUGCUCCACUAAUGUAAUUUUCAGAACAAUAAAAAUAUCAAAAAUUAGCCAAAGAUUAAUCCAUCUACAAAGUAAAAAAAAAAACUUUUUUAUAUCUUAUAAAAUAUUAUAAGUAUGUCGAUGUUGGUGGAAGAGGAAAUUGUUUAAUAAAGUUUUAAUUUUGGAUAACUCAGAUUUA